CUGGGGUUGACUAUUUCGGGGUACGCUGUGUAUUUCGGGGUACACUACAGAUGAUUUAUUCUCGUGUAUUUCUCUCUUCAGAUCCCUCUUUGCAGUCGGCAGAGUCGCGAUGUUUCCCAUCAUGAAGAUUCCUCGCGGUAUCCCCGAAACGUUCCAUGGCGGCGUUGUUCUUGUAACCGGCUAGAUGGAAUGACAUUUGAACGCUGCGCCGUGAUUGGGCCAAUGAGGCGGCGGAUCCGGUGAAAGGUUGGAUGCUGUUGGCGGUGGAGAUGUUUCGGGGGGACAAUGUCACGGAGUGUAAAGUAGACGAGCAGUUGUUGCGUUAUCUCUACGCCGUCACCUACGCCGUCAUCCUGGUCCCCGGACUCAUCGGGAACGUCCUGGCUCUUUGGGUGUUUUACGCCUACAUGAAAGAAACGAAAAGAGCCGUCAUCUUCAUGAUCAAUCUGGCCGUCGCCGACCUCCUGCAGGUCCUGUCCCUCCCACUGCGCAUUUUCUAUUACCUGAACAAGUCGUGGCCCUUCGGCCGAUUCCUGUGCAUGUUCUGCUUCUACCUGAAAUACGUCAACAUGUAUGCCAGCAUCGUCUUCCUGGUCUGCAUCAGCGUCCGGCGCUUCCUCUACCUCAUCUACCCCUUCAGGUUCACGGACAGGAAGCGCAUGUCAGACGUCUACGUCAGCGUCGUCGGCUGGAUCAUCGUCUGCGUCAGCUGCCUCCCGUUUCCCCUGCUGAGGAUUGGAAAUAAUUCCACCACCAGUGAGGCAGAGAACCAGUGCUUCGCCGAUCUGCCAUUGCUAGACAUCGGGACCACCAACUCCAUACUGGCGGUGACCUUCGCUGAGCUCUUCGGGUUCAUCACGCCGCUGGCGGUGGUCGGCUACUGCUCCUGGAGGACGGUGAUGUCGUUGAAGGAGCCGCACUCGGCUUCUCAUGAUCUGGGAGAGAAGAAGAAGGCGCUGAAGAUGAUCCUGACCUGCGCCUUUGUCUUCCUCCUCUGCUUCGCACCUUACCACCUCAGCUUCCCGCUCGACUUCCUGGCCAAGGCCAAUAAGAUUCAGCGGUGUCAGUACAAGAAGGCCAUCCUGACCUUCCACCCGGUGGCGCUGUGCCUGGCCAGUAUGAAUUGCUGCUUGGAUCCCAUCAUUUACUACUUCACCACCGACGAGUUCAAGAGACGACUUUCCCGCCAGGACAUUGUGGACUGUACAGAGCUGGAGAUAUUCAGCAACACUUUAUAAUCUGCUUCCUGCCAAGUCCUGUCCAAUGGGAUCUCAGGGGGUUCAACAUGAGCCUCCUCCCCUUUACAGCUCUCAGAGGAACCCCGAGGACGGGGAUGACAUACGAUACAAAGUUUCCGUUGGGCACAGGAAGUUCCCUCAUUUCUGCCCGAUUGUGGGCGGAGCCUCUGCACACAGGACCAGGUGGCUUGCACCCGAGGGUACUUAGGGAACUCAGUCAAGUAAUUGCCAGACCAUUCUUCCUAAUUCUUACUGACAGUCUACUGAUUAGAAAUCCAUUUUGCAGAUAAAUUUGUCGGUUUACACUGACACUCCAUUUUCCACUUACUGACUCCGCCCUGAAUCCAGAGAGAUAGGCAGAUGGUGGGGGACCCACAAGAGCUUUGCUCUGGUCUUGUAGAGUUGGUGACGUUCAUAGGAACAGAGGGGCUUCCAGAGCCCCCUGAGGGUGGAGCAAGGGGGGAGGGGAUGGAUGAAGUACGCCAAGUAAGAGUUGGUGACAUUCAUAGGAACAGAGGGGCUUCCAGAGCCCCCUGAGGGUGGAGAAAGGGGGGAGGGGAUUGAUGAAGUACGCCAAGUAAGAGUUGGUGACGUUCAUAGGAACAGAGGGGCUUCCAGAGCCCCCUGAGGG